UUACGACGCACCCUGUGCAUCACUAGUUACUUGACAAAUAGUGCCUGUGUCUGUUUUUAAACGUCUUACAAAAAUCUACAUAAUACAAUGGAGCACACAGAAUUCAGAGUUAAGGCCAAAGAGAUGGUGGACUACAUAGCCGACUAUCUGGAGAACAUUCGCGAUCGUCGAGUGUACCCCAGCGUGCAGCCUGGCUACCUCCACAAGCUGCUGCCGAAGGAAGCCCCCCAAACUCCUGAGAAAUGGGAUGAGAUCUUCAAGGAUGUUGAUGAGCAUAUCAUGCCUGGGCUGGUGCACUGGCAGAGCCCUCACAUGCACGCCUACUUCCCGGCCCUGACCUCGUACCCAUCCAUCAUGGGAGAGAUGCUGUCCAGCGCUCUGAACGUGCUGUGUUUUACCUGGGCAUCAUCCCCCGCUGGGACGGAGUUGGAGACGAUAGCGAUGAACUGGCUCGGCAAGCUGCUGGGUCUACCUGACUGCUUCCUCAACGAGAAGAACGAUAGCCCUGGUGGUGGAGUUAUUCAGACUACUGCAAGUGAAGCAACCCUGGUGAGCCUCCUGGCAGCUCGGACCAGGGCUCUGAUGGAGCUCUCCAAGUUGAACCCUGAGGUCCAGUCAGCUGAGCUGCUGGGCCACCUCAUCUGCUACUGCUCCGAUCAGGCUCACUCUUCCGUGGAGAAAGCUGGGCUCAUUGGUCUAGUCCGUAUGCGGUACAUCGAGUCGGAUGAGCACCAGAGCAUGAGAGGAGAUCAGCUAGAGAAGGCCAUCGCCAGUGAUAAGGAGAAGGGGCUCGUUCCCUUCUGGGUAUGUGCAACCCUCGGCACUACCGGUUCGGUGGCGUUCGACAAUCUCCGUGAGAUCGGGCAGGUGUGUGAGAAGCACGGCGCAUGGCUUCAUGUGGACGCCGCCUACGCAGGCAGCGCCUUCACGUGCCCAGAGUAUAGGCACUGGUUAGAUGGUGUGGAGUUGGCGGAUUCCUUCGCCUUCAACCCCUCGAAGUGGCUGAUGGUCAACUUUGAUUGCACCGCCAUGUGGGUUAAGGACAGCACUGCACUUCACAGGACCUUCAAUGUAAAUCCUAUUUAUUUGAGGCACGAGAAUUCAGGAAAAGCAAUUGACUAUAUGGUCGGCGACAAACAGGCAUACAUCAAGAAAAAACCGCUAAGGAAAAUAAACAACAUUAUCAAAAGCAUUGAUAAUCCCACUAUCACCAUCAAUGGACAGAAAAACCAUACAGUUAUAGAAUUACAAACACCAAAACCCCAAAAUGGCAUAAAUGGUGAUUACCAAAAUGGUGAGGACAUAAAUGGGGAUGACGAAAAUGGGGAUUAUGGAAAUGGUGGUUUCAAUGGUGAUGAUGACGAUAGCACUCUUCAUGGUUAUAACAAAAUAUCGCAGGGUUGUGGCGAUCAGAUCCAAUUGGAAGAUCCUGAUAAGAAGGAAAUGCUUCAUUGGCAGAUACCUCUGAGUCGUCGUUUCCGCGCCUUGAAGUUAUGGUUUGUGCUCCGUAACUACGGUGUGUCUGGCAUACAGAAGCAUAUUCGGGAGGGCGUGCGUUUGGCGCAGAAGUUUGAGGCUCUGGUGUUGGCUGACCAACGCUUUGAAAUACCCCAGCCAAGGAAUUUGGGAAUGGUGGCGUUCCGCCUGAAAGGAGACAAUGCGUUGACUGAAAGGUUGCUGAAGCGCCUGAACGCUCGCGGCUACAUGCACGCCGUCCCAGCCUGCUUCAAGGGCAUCUACGUCAUCAGGUUCACCGUCACCUCCUCCAGGACCACCAACCAGGAUAUCUUGGAUGAUUGGAACGAGAUCAAGACCGUGGCUAAGGAGAUUCUAAUGGAUGUGUUUGGCUCUGAGAACGGCAACAUUGUGGUGCCUAAGAAACCAAGGAUUUCUCUGAAGGAGACCCGUGAGCUAAACGCUACGUUCGGUACCAGCCUACUCCUGGCAAACAGUCCCAUGAGUCCUAAGAUCGUCAAUGGCACCCACGCUGCCAUCUGUGACUACGAACAGGUCCUGACAUCCUGCGCUCAGACCUUCGCUCAACUGAAAAUGGAACCUAAGGAUAGUCCUGAAAUGCGUCGCCGCAUCCGAGGCAUCAAGAUGUGUGGGAAGAAGUUCUCCCUCGACUCUUGCAUGGACAUGGUGCAGGGCAUGAUGGUGGAACAGUCUCUGCCACAGUGUUGUGAAGAUGAAAGGGAGGACACUUCCAACGGAUCCAGCCCCGGUGACAAGUCUUCAAUCUCAUCAUCACCACUGACAUCUAUCGGCACAAUCAAGCAAGAACAUUCCGAGACAAACCAACUCCAAGUACCACUAGCGCCAUCUAGGCAGUACAGGUCGAAAUCCGUGGACGUCUCACUCGCCGGCUUGUCGCUAGAUGACGCUAAAAUAACAAUUGACGUUAAGAACAAUGAAAUUAUAAUCACGCCAACUGGUUCUAAGGACGUAGCUGAAGAAUUGUCGGCUGCUAAGUCGAACUACAGCGAAAUUGAAGAGAAAUUAAAUAUUGGCGAUAAAAUAACGCAAGCGUUUGAGAAUUUCCAAGAUGGCCUCCAAAUGUUGAGUGAGUAUAAAAAUACUGUUGAGAAAGCAGAGGAUUGUAACACUAAGUUGACUAUCAGAGGUCCCGGGAGUUACAUCAAGAGGUUGAUCCAACAGUUUAGUGAGGGUCCCUUCGAGGGAGAGGACCCUAAGCCUGAGUCUGAGAGGGCCAUGUCUACUCAAACGAUUAAAGAUAAAGCUGACGCCAUUUGCAAAAAAUGUUUGCAUUACAAGGGAAAGAUUUCGAAGUAAUUUCGCUGUGGUUCGAUCGUUACUUGCCAAAAAUUUUAUUUUGAAAUAUUAAUGAACAAAUUAUUUUAUAAAUGUCUCACAUUUUCGUGUCAUAACUAUCUUGAGAAAUAUUUAAUUAAUUUUAUUGUACGGCUUAUCCACAUAACUGUUUGAGAGCGUUACUCGACUAAUUUCCAGCUACACUUGGAACCCAUAAUCAUGAGCGUACGUGAGUAAGCCGUACAAUUACUUAAAUAUUACAAAAAAGUAAUAAUUGUAAAACCUGUAAAAUGAUCAGCUGCCUAUGUAUUGACAAUAUUAUUGUAAUGAUUACAGAUAACAAGUUAUAAAAAUAUAGCAAAAUAUGUAAUCUAUACAUUCUAUUAUAACUUUCGUGAGACAUGCUAAAUUAAUUAUAAUGUUAUCGGCUUACUCACAUAACUGUUUGACGAGGAACUCGCCUAAUUUCAAGUCAUGCUAGAGACUCAUAUUUAUGAGCAAUAUUCCGCGACAUACGACGCGGCGAUUGUCUAGCUGCUAUAUGCUACUCAUGAAUAUGAGCCUCUCAUGGCUUGAAACUAGUCGAGUUCCUCGUCAAACAGUUACGUGAGUAAGCCCAUAACAUAAUAAUUAAAUUAUACAUUCAUUAUACAUCAACGGUGUGGGAUAAGUAUAAUAUAUAAUUUUAAGUUACUGCACAAGAAUUUGCUUAUAAUAGGUAAUCAUUAUUUCUGUAUAAAUAUCAUUACCAUUAUAAUAAUAUAACUAUUGAACAUGUUAAUCUUAUAUAACAAAAAAAAAGAUUUUGCGCUGAUGUAUAAAAUGUAGAGCGUAAUUAUAUAAAAAAAUAAUAAUCCUUAAAAUGUAGUGAUUAUAAUCAAAUAUGAGUAGAGCAAUAUUAACGCUUAUACAUAUAUUUGAAUUUUCGUGAUAAUUCGUACUUAUAAUAAGUAUAAAAAAUAUAACAUCAUUAAUAUAACAAUUAAUGUAGAAAAUAUAAAAAAAUAUGACAUUGUUAUAUUCAUGUUAUAAAUAAGACUUAUGCAUAAAUAAUUGUUUAUUCAAAAUUAUUAUUGGAAUUAUAAAAAUUAUAUUAUAAUAAAAAAUUAUACGUAGAAUUAAGUAAAAGGGAUGAUGACGGGGUAUGAAAAUUAAAAAUCUAUUUAGUCCGUCAGUUAGGUAAUGAAAAAUAUUAGACACGUAUUUUUUUGUUAUAUUAUUAAGUUGGAUAACACGAAUUAAAGUUUAGGAGUGGGAGCAAAUAUGUCAUUUCUACGUAUAAAAUGUACCUAGAAGUGACGUCACGCGAUAUUUCAAAAGUAUUUGUUUCCGUAAGAAAAUAAAAAAUACGUGUCUAAUAUUUUAAAAUAAUCUACAAGACGGACAUUAAAAUAAAAAAGAGUCAUCUACCCUAUUGUAUCAAUUUUCACAUUUAUUAAAAUAUUAUUUAGAAAUAUACUGCUGUGCACUAUCAAUAAAAAAUAUAUACAAACGUUUAAAAUGCAGUAGAAAAUAUAUAUAAAUACAAAUAUAAUAUAAUUAUAUAUUUGAAAUUAUAAUUGAGGCUUAUAAUGGAAGAAAAAAUAUUAUACAUAUAACAAAGUUUGGUUUAUCAAUCAAUGUGUUAAAAAAGUAAUAUAUAAUUUAGAUUAUAAUUUUUAAAAAGCUAAUUAUUUCACAAUUUGAUUUGGGUAUAAUACCUAAUAAUAUGUAUCACACAAGGGGAUCUCUGACUUUUUAUUCAUAUUUUGGUUUUAUUUUAGUUAAAACUAUUUCUUGAUGGUCGCAAGUGCGACUGCCGGACAAAGGCUCUCGGUUUCGAUUCCCGAGUCGGGCAAAGUACUUAUUACUGGUUUUUUUUCGGUUUUUCGAACAUUUCUUAAUAGUUUGGAAUAGUACCUGGUAUAUGGCAAUAGGCUCACCUCCUAUUACAUGGAACUUAUAACACAAAUGGUGAAAAGUAUGCAUCUCUGCUUACCCCAUCGGGGAUAAAAGACAUGACAUUGCAUUGCAUAUUUCUUGGUUUUUAUAUGGAAUAAUAUAAUAUGAUUUGUAUUGUAUUGUAUUAGAUUAAAUAAUGGUUAUAAGUGCUGAUAUUUAUAUUGUAUUCUUUGAUCAGCUUAUAAUUAUGGUAUAUUAUAAGAAUUGUAACUGUAAUAAAUACGUAUACUUAGGCUAUAGGCAAAUAGAAACAAAAUGUAUGAAAAAAAUGUAUUUUUAGCUUUAAUCUUAUGUUCAAUAAAAUAUAUGUGUUAUGAGGCAUUA